AUGGCAAGCAGUUCACUUUGUUCUCUCGGUGCAACCUCUCAUCAUCAUCCCAACAAAUCCAGGCUUGGGGAAAACAAAAACACGGCGUGUUCCUUUUCCAUUGAAAGCAUUUUGGGGUUGGAGCGGAAAAAAGAUGGCCCUCCAGCUGCAAAGCCUCACAGGCCGUGGGUGGAUAAAUACAAGGCUUUGGGAGAAGAUUGCAGCCGCUGCCUGCCUAUUCCUGCUAUUUCCUAUGCAGUCCCUUUGUUUAAUGCAAGCAAGUCCUCAGAGGCAGAAGAAAGAGUCCUGAAAUGCGAAAACUAUUCUGCAGUCAAUGAAAGGCUUUCUUACAAAAGGGAAUUGAGUUGGUACAGAGGUAGGAGGCCAAGGACUGCAUUCACGCGAAACCAGAUUGAAGUACUGGAAAAUGUUUUCAGGGUGAACUCUUAUCCUGGCAUUGAUGUUAGAGAAGAACUUGCUAAAAAAUUGGAUUUAGAUGAAGACAGAAUCCAGAUCUGGUUUCAAAAUCGUCGGGCAAAGCUGAAGAGAUCCCACAGAGAAUCUCAGUUUCUAAUGGUGAAAAAUACUUUUUCUCAAAACAUGAUAAAAUAG